AUGAAUAAUUUGACAAGUAUAAUUAGUAAUUAUGUUGAUACUAAAAAGAUUAAGCAUGUAUUAGAUAAAACACAAUCGUAUGUUGAUCAAACAAAGUUUGUUACAUCAAAAAACAUUUUUACCGCCAUAUCAUUUUGCUUAUUAAGUUUGAUUUAUCUGUUGGCCAAAUCAACACCUAAAAAAAAAAAGAAAUUGCAAAAGAAAAAAAGUCAUAAAAAUAGAGACAUAGGUCUUUCAACUAGUAAACCUCCUUCGAAAAAAAGUCAUGAUGAACAGAUUAAAAGUGCUUUAAACAAAUAUGAUAGUGAAUAUAAAGAAGGGGUGACCAGAUUAGUGACAAACUACAAUCCAGAGUUGCAAGAUGAUGUAUAUCAAAAAAAUUAUUACAAUGAAAUGUUAUUAAAGUUAUUGAUUGAAUUAGAUGGUGUUGAUUUAACAACCAUUGAGAAUCCUGAAUUGAAAAGUGAGUUGAAAAGCAAAAGGAAAACUGCCAUCAGAUCCAUUCAAGCUGAAUUGCAUAAAUUGGACGCAUUAUAA